AUGGCCUCUGUUAAUUCUAGCUUUAGUGAAGUAAAUCAAAGAUUUUUCGGUGAUUCUCCACAAAGUUUCUAUGGUAAAAAUGCCUAUUAUAAUGAUAAUAUGGAAGAGCGGUCAUUUUCUUCAGAUGGAGCACCUCUGUCACCAUCUAAGGAUUCACCACCCAGCGCAGCGGAGUUUGAAUAUUUAAGAAAUGCUUUAUUUCAAUACAUGGUCGGCCGUGAAAGAUUGCAAAUGAGUAAGGUCUUGGUUGCUUUAGCUCGUUUUACCUCAAUUCAAUCACAAAAGAUUCUAGCCAAAGAACAGGAAAGGGAUAAAAACAAAUCGUGGCUAGGUUGA